CACAUAAUCAAGAGAAUUAUAGUUUAUAAAAUAUUUUUUUCAUAUAUAUAUAUAUGUGUGUGUGUGUGUGUGUGUGUGUGUGUGUGAGAAAAAAACUACGUAGGGUUCCUUAAACAAAAGGUAAAUCUAUCGGUGAUAAAGUAAUUAAAAACUCUUGCUGCCCGUGUAGCCUGACUGGUCUCCAGAUUGAGGCUCGGAGUGAGACCUCUCUCCUCUCUUCUCAUCUCUAGUCUUUAUUCAUAAAAAUGUCUGGAAAACGUAAUUUUCACUGCCCAAUGCAGUCGCUCUGAUGUGACACAAUGGAAGGUGCGAGGUUAGAAAAGCUGGAGGCGGUGCGUUCAUGACGCUCACAGUCACCUCAGGAGCUGAACAUCUCCACCAGCCUCACUGUUACAUUACAGAGCAUUACAGUAGGAUAGAGCACAAUUUUAUUAAAGUUAAAAAAUAUUUAUACGUCAGAUUUCACACCAGGGUUUAUUUUGGUGAGGUUAUGGAAAAGGCGCUGCUGUGAGACAGGACAGAGCCGAACCACUUGUCGUUUCAUCCACGGAGAUAAUGAUGAAGAAGGACGUUACCUUAAACCUGGUCGACGACGCGGAUCUUAAACCGCACCUUCGCGACGCCGACAGCAUCCUCAGCUCCCCGGAUCUCGGUCUCCUCAAGCUGGCCUCUCCGGAGCUGGAGAGGCUGAUCAUCCAGUCCAACGGCAUGGUCACCACGACGCCCACCAGCUCCCAGUUUCUCUAUUCGAAACCGGUGACGGACGAGCAGGAGUUCGCCGAAGGCUUCGUGAAGGCGCUGGAGGAUCUCCACAAACAGAACCAGCUGAGCGCGGAGGUGCAGGGCAGCGGCGGCGUCGGCGGCGGCAGCAGCAUGGACCUGGGAUCCAACCUCGUCCCGGUCACUCUCCAGCCGGACCUACCUGUUUACACAAACCUGAACAAUUACGGUUCUGUACCACUGGGAACCAGCGUGAACUAUUCCACAGACACGGCUCCCUUCCCGCCUCAUCACCUGCAGCCGGAGCUCUCUCCGGUGCCGCCGCUGAAAGAGGAACCUCAGACUGUCCCCGACGUUCAAAGCUUCGGGGAGAGUCCCCCGCUGUCCCCCAUCGACAUGGACUCCCAGGAGCGCAUUAAAGCCGAGAGGAAGAGGCUCAGGAACAGGAUCGCGGCUUCCAAGUGUCGGAGACGCAAACUGGAGCGAAUCUCCAGGCUGGAGGACAAGGUGAAAACACUGAAGAACCAGAACAGCGACCUGGCGUCGACGGCCAACCUGCUCCGGGAUCAGGUGGCCCAGCUGAAGGAGAAGGUGCUGAGCCAUGUGAACAGCGGCUGUCAGCUGCUGCCACACGAGGUUCAGGUGCAUUAAUCUGAUGGACAGAGUUGCUGUGGACCAAAAAAUAAGCUUAAAGACCUCAUAGGUGUCGUUUUUAUUUCUGUGAUGCAGCCCAGAUGUGUGCUGUUGUUGACAAAUUCUACAUUCACCGAUCAGUUUUUGAAACAUCUCAACACAGCGGUUAAAGAGACUGUACAGAUUCAUCAGACCGGCAGCUUCACUGGACACGUUUUCUCCUCCAAUUCAAUUUUCUGCUGCCUAAAUCUACUCAGUUGUCAGCUUCUGUGAACAGAACGUGGUUUUUCAUCAACGAUUGUCUUUUCUUUCUUUUUUUAGAUUUAUGCCGAAAUAAAGAAGUUCUGC